AUGGGUCUCUCUCUCUCACUCUCACUCACUCUCUCUCUCUCCCUCACUCUCUCUCUCUCUCACUUACUCUCUCUCUCUCUCUCUCUCACUCACUCUCUCUCUCUAACUCACUCUCUCUCUCUCUAUCACUCUCACUCUCUCUCUCUCACUCUCACUCACUCUCUCUCACUCUCACUCUCUCUCUCUCUCUCUCUCUCUGUCAUGUCCUUUCCGGACUUCUCUCAAUUACCUUCUCUAUUUCUCCCUUUUUUACUCGCCUCCAUCUUCGCCUUCUUCUUCUCAUAUUCCACACACUCUCUAUUCCGUCUUUCCACUUUUAUAAUUCUCUUCUUCCCUUUUACUAUUUUGCAGUCCUCUCCUUUUCCCUCCCCUUUUCCACUCAUCAUUUCUUCUUCUUUACUCGCCUCGAGCUUCGCCUUCUUCGUCUCACUGUCUACUCACCUUCUUUUCCCUCUUUCCCAUUCUCUAAUUCUCGUCUUCUGUUUUACUAUUUCUCAGUCCUCUCCUUUUCCCUUCCCUUUUCCACUCAUCAUUUCUCCCUCUUUACUCGCCUGCAACUUCUCCCUUUCACUCUCUACUCGCCUUCUUUUCCCUCUUUCCCCUUCUCUAAUUUUCGCCUUCAUUUCCACUAUUUCUUGGUCCUCUCCUUUUCCCUCUCAUUUCCCUUAUCAUUUCUCCCUCUUUACUCGCCUCCAACUUCUCCCUUUCACUUUCUACUCCCCUUCUAUUUCCUUUUACUCCUUCUCUAAUUCUCGUCUUCCAUUUCACUGUUUCUUGGUCCUCGCUUUUUACCUUCCCUCUAGCUUCUCUCUUUCUAUUUCUCUCAUUUCCCCGCUUGUCUUUUCUUCCUUUACUUCUCCAUUCUCUCCUCUUCCCUCCCGUCUCUUGAUCCUUCUCUGUAAUUUUCUUUUAAGUAAUUUCCAUCUCUUCUGUCACCUUCCAUUCCAUUUUUCUCAUUUCACUCUCCUCUUCCUUCUUUUUACAUCCCCGCUCUUCCUUCUCCAUCUGUCGUUCCCCUCCGCAUUCUUCUUCGUAUCGCUGCUCUUCCCCCUUCUUUUCUCACUUACGUUUUCUUCCUUCUAUCCUCUUCCAAAUCCAUCUCUUCUCUCCCCUCUCCAUCUUUCUUUCUCCUCAGCCUUAUUUCCUGUUCCUUUCUUUCCACUUCUUCUCUCGCUUUUCUUCGCAUUUUUCUAUUUUCACUCCUCCCUUCUCUCUUACUUCUACUUCGUUCUUUUCUCUUGCUUCUCCUCUUUCUUUUUCUAG